GGUGUAUAACAGGCUUGCUGCCAGAAAAAGAAAGGUGCAUGUGCCCUACCUCUAGGUGCUGCACCCCUGAUGUGGUCUGUGGAUACAAAUGCUGGAAGAAAGGUCUGUCAUGCUGGUCCUCAAGUGGUUAAAUGAUCUGAGCUCAGCCCCGCCCUGUGCAGACGAGUUGUAACCGAGUCCAGAGACUUUGAGUUUCGUUUCUCUUCUGCUGUCAGCGAUGGCGUCUGCUGAUCUGAGAGCUGAGCUGGAAUGUUCCGUCUGUCUGAACAUUUAUACCGAUCCUGUAACCCUGACAUGUGGUCACAACUUCUGCCGGGUCUGUAUUGAUCGUGUGCUGGAUACACAGGGGGGGUCUGGAGGAUAUUCCUGUCCUGAAUGCAGAGAGAAGUUUCCGGAUCGUCCUGCACUGCACAGGAACAUGAAACUACGUAACAUAGCAGAGACUUUCCUGUCUGCUCAGCCAGAUCCAGAGGAGUCCGGGGUCUUCUGUACUCACUGUGUGGACUCUCCUGUACCUGCUGUUAGAUCCUGUCUACACUGUGAGGUUUCUCUAUGUGAAAAACACCUGAGAGUCCACAAAAAGUCCCCAGAACACGUCUUAUGUGACCCCACCUUGUCCAUGGAGAGCAGGAAAUGCUCCGUCCAUAAGGAAGUUUUGAAGUAUUUCUGCACCAAAGAUAAUACUUGUAUCUGUGUGUCCUGCAGUCUGAUUGGAGGACAUAAAGGACAUGAGAUGGAAUCACUGGAUGAGGCUUCUGAGAAGAAGAAGGAGACACUGAGGAAUGUUCUGCAGAAACAUCUGACAAAGAGAGAGGAGACGGAGGAAAGAGUCCAGAGUCUGCAGGAACACAGGAGGAAAGUAGAAGAAGAAGCAGCUGGUGACACCGAGAGAGUCACUGUCCUGUUUAGAGAUCUCAGGAGACGUCUGGAAGAUCUGGAGAAGAGAGUCCUGAGGGAAAUCUCCGGGAGGGCAGAGCGGAUCUCCAUCUCCAUCCGGGAUCUGGAAAUAAAGAAGGAGGAGCUGUCCAGGAAGAUGCGUCACAUUGAGGAGCUGUGUAACAUGACGGAUCCACUGACUGUCUUACAGGAAUCAGACACAGGUGACUUGUGUGAUACUGAGGAUGGAGAUAAUGAGGACAGAGAGAGACAUGAGGAGCUCCUCCAUGAUGGAGGGGGUCUGGGUGUGGCGGGGGUCUUACACACAGGUUUAUCUGAUAUAAUAACAGAGGUAAAUGUAUACUUCCCCAUACAGGGAGCUGCAGACAUAUUACUGGAUGGAAACACAGCUCAUAAUUAUCUACAGAUAUCAGAUGACAGGAAAACUGUAUCCAGGUCAGAUAGAAACCAGAAUUACCCAGAAACACCAGAGAGAUUUCAGUUUUCUCCUCAGGUGAUGAGCAGUCAAAGUUUCUCCUCAGGGAGACAUUACUGGGAAGUGGAUGUCGGGGGGUCCGAUGAAUGGAGAGUCGGGAUGUGUUACCCCAGUAUAGAGAGGAGAGGAUGGGAGGAGUCAUGGAUUGGAAAUAAUAAGAAGUCCUGGGGAUUGGACAGGGCUGGUAAUCAGUAUUCUGUGAUACAUGACAAAAAAAAGACCCCCUUACCCCCCAAUGUCUCCAGUAGAGUCAGGAUAGAUCUGGAUUAUGAGGCCGGGCGGAUCUCCUUUUAUGAUCUGUGUGACCCGAUCCGACACCUCCACACCUUCACCACCACCUUCACUGAGCCCCUCCAUGCUGGGAUACGUGUAUGGAGAGGAGGUUGUAUAAAGAUAUGUGGGGGGAGGGGGGAGAUGUGAGAACUCCGCCCACAGUCUGGUGACAUCACAGGGGCGGGUGGUGGGAUUGGUUCAUUGAUCAGCCAAUGAUUGGAGGAGGUGGUGGCUCCUGGGAGAAGUAGGAGGGCCUCCUUCUGAAAAUGCUAGUCCCCUGGCUGUGUGUAAUGUAAGAACAUGUAAAGUGGUAGUAAAGACAAAAUAAAUAAAUGACAGAUAUGAUGGCGUCUGUUACUGACAUGAGCACAGCAGACUUUGUUUUUCGGAGUCCUCCUGUAACUUCGUUCUUUUAUCUGUUGGUUCUGCUGUUAUUUCCCAACUUCCUAUAACAGACCAAUCUGGCAGUUAGAGGGUUGGGACAAACCAUUUACUACUGACAGGGGUGCUUACAAUGAUCAGCUUUUAUUCAUUGACAUAAAACCUUUAUCCCAAAAGGAGACACAAAUGUUGGUGUAACGGCUUAUCUGGAAUUCGGCUUUAAUUUAUUAGUCACUUAUGUAAAGUCCAUCUAAUUCUACUAGUCUAUCCAACCACCCCCCUCUCCAGACAAUGCUGCUGUCCAAGGGGGGGUCUCCACUGCUCCUCCAUAGAUAGAGGAGCCACCCUAAGACAGGAAGUGUG